ACAUGGCAAAUUAUUCGACACUCUCUGUUGGUCCUCCCAACAAGUACCAUGUGAUGGUACCCAGUGGUGGAGCAAUCAGACCAUCAGCAGUCACGUGCCAAUUGUCAUUCAAAAAUUUUCGUUUGAAUCAGCUUCAACUACCCCCAGAAUCUAUUCUUCCUAAUUCAUCCCUACUCAUCCCGAGACCACAUCAUUCACGAUGUUCAGACAGAUUGGUAUCAAUGUCAGAGCAUCCGCAUGGAAGCAAGUCCGCUUCAACUCCACCAAUAGCACACCAGCUUUGAACUGGGUGGACUUCUUGAAGUUGAAGAAAGAAAACCACGUGAUGAAUAUCACUGCCUCUGUCUUCACCACCCUUGCCGGUGGUGUGGUGACGUUGACCUACUUGGGAAACUACGAGUUCGAUCCCGAAAAGCCAAUCUUGGGAAUGGACCCUAUCAUGAUGAUGGGAGGAGGUGUCGUUCUUGGAGGGUUCGUGGGCUAUUUAUUCGGCCCUACCAUUGGCACCAGUCUCUUCCGCCUCAAGAACAGAAGCAUCUUGAAACAGUUCCUGCAAAAGGACAGCAUAUUCUUGACUAAGAUCAAAGCCAACAGAGUGGAUCCAUCGUCCCAAAGUUUUUCCAACCCGGUGCCGGACUACUACGGUGAGAAGAUCUAUUCUUUGAAGGGGUACAAGCAAUGGUUGCGUGAUUGCAAUGCUUAUAGAAGAAAGACCAAGGAGUUUCUUUAGAAAUACAUGUACAUAACAGAAACGAGUAGGACAUAGUGGAGUUGAAGGUCGAAAGGCGAAAAACUGAAAAGGGCCAUCUGAGUGCUGAAACUGGGCCCUUAAUUGGAGACAUUGUUUUGAGCCUAAUCGGUAAUGUAGAAUUCAAGUUGAUUGUUGCCAUCGACUGCAAAUAACGAGUCUUGGUGUGGCAUAAACAUCAUACACAGGAUGCUAGGCAAGGAAAAUCAAGGAAAGGAAGGAUGUGAGGUGUUCAAUUGUAUAAGUCGGGGCUUUGAAAGAAUUGUUGCUCUGCUUGUAAAUACUUAGAAAUCUGUAGCGCAUUUUAGCAGUCAAAAAGCUGAACAUUCUUAAUGUUUGUUGGGCAACAAAAAAGGAUAAUAUAGUGUACUAGAAUAGUUGGGUAUAGAUGCUAUUGAGAGAUGGGAUAU